AUGUCGGCCUCAGCUGCUGCAGCCUGGUUCUGUUCAUUUCUCCUGUUUACCGCCGUCACUACCGACGAAAACACAACAAGCUACAACUUCAAUACGACUGACUAUCCCGAGCUGAACUUCACAUACAGCUUUACGGACAGUUCUACAACAUCACAGCCUGACUCCACCACCACAACACCGAGCUACAGCAGCACCGCGGACCCGCUUAGACCCACCGUCCCCGGCGACCCGCUGCCCGCCUCCGGCUACCUACUCACUCCUGUGACGGACGUGUCCACGUUGUGCCCCUGCGACGAGCACAGGGAUGUGUGUGACAUCAGCUGCUGCUGUGACAGACAGUGUAGUGAGCAGGUAGCUCUGUUCACCAGCUGCUCAGUGAGCACUGUCAGCGUCAACAAGCAGCUAUGCAGCCGGGAUGUGGCCUCCUACUCUUUAAGAAUUAAGAUAGACGGAUACUCAGAGCUGCAGUCGUCUGUGAAGAAGGAGACUAACUCUGACAUCUUCUGCAUUCAUUCACAGAACCGUUUCGAUGGACUGUCUCACCCCUCGCCCGCUCUUCCAACCGACACCAACUUCGACUCCCUCUUUAAACAAUUCUCCCAGUAUUUUUUCGGCUCAGAUGUAAGCGGCAGUUGGGAGUCAACCACAGAGCUCCGAGCCUCGUCUGGAUACCAGUAUGGAGAUGUGAUGCUGACAGCAGGAGAGAGUGGACAGAGAGGAACCUUCUGGCUGCCAGCUGCUGCUCUCACUGCUGACUGUGUGGACAACAGUCCUGCAGCGUUCCUGAAGGAGCAGAGCAGCCGGUGUUCCCGCCGUGUGGACCUGGAGCAGGACUGCAGCACUCUGCCAGCUCUCAGCAUGGACACAUACACUGACCUCCAGCUGCUUGCUGGGAAGAACAAAGAUGCAGAAGUUGUUCCUGUGCUGCUGGUUUCAGUGGUCCUACAGUCUCUAGAAGGGACUCAGACUGAGCUGCAGAUGAGUGGAGGAGAAAGCUUGAGCCCUGCUCUGCUGAUGCCAGACGUCUGUGCUAACGUGGUGCUGAAGGUUGUCUAUGUGAUGAAGUACAGUCCAGAUGGACAGCUAGUGGAUGUGAUGGUGUCUCUGGUGCUUGGGUUUGUCCAGAGCACAGCGCUGCCUCUAGAACAGGAGUUUCAUAUCACAUUUAUCCAGGACGACGGUGAGGACGUGUCUGUCCACUACAGUGGAAAUCCAGGUUAUGUGGUUGGACUGCCGCUUGUUUCUGGACAAAAAACUGCAGAUGGGAUUGUGAGGAGCGUUGACCCCAGAGGCACACUGUCUCUUCUCCACAGCUCUGUAGACCAGGACUGUCUGCAGGGUCCACAUCAGCGCUCCCCCCUCCUGUUCGGUGUGGACUCCGUGUCCGGCUGCACAUUAAGACUGGAGGAUGCUGCUAACUGCUCCGUGGUGUCACAGGUGCUUCUGGAUGUCCUGAGAGGACCAAACUAUCCUCAGUAUGUGGCUGCCUUUGGAAACUCUCCAUUAAACAAUCCUCUGGACUGGCUAUCCAUCAAGAGCAGCUUUAGUCCUGGGGAAGGACAGAGUUGCAACAUCCCAUUGUCACAUCAUUUAGAAAUUGAAUGGACCAAAUACGGAUCAUUGCUGAAUCCCCAAGCUCAGGUUGUGAGCAUCAAAGAAGUCAUCCAAACCAACACCAGCAGUCUGGACCUGCUGACCAGUGGCAGCAGUCUUGUGUCAAUCAGGAGCUCCGUGUCCUUCGUACCGGUGUCUGCUGCUGCUCUUCCUGGUUUCAGAGCUGCACCAACCAUUGACGCCAAACUACCAUUUGACUUCUUCUUCCCUUUUGUGUGAU